CAGAAAGCAGAAAGCAUACAAAUGGCCAAUGGCGUGUAUAUUUUAUUCAUUUAAAUUAUAUUUCUGCCGGAAUAUAUUAUUAGUGGAGUGUUAAAGUGCCAGAUAUCAUUAAAAUUCUAUUAAAAAUAUAAUAAUAGAUCGUUUGUGUUAAUUACCGUCUUCACAAAAAACUUUACUUACCUAAUUAAUCAAGUUUGAAGUUUUCAUUUUUAAUAAUGAAUACAAAAUAUUUGAUAAAUAGUUUGUGCUUUUAAGCGGUUACAUAUUUAGAAUUAUUGUAGGAAUUAGCUAUGUAUAACAACAAUCAAAUUCCACAGUAUACCAAUACAGGGUACCAAAAUACAUACAACCAGUAUCCUGAAAACUAUCCACAACACAAUAAUAAUUAUGGAUAUCAAAAUUAUGGCAGUUAUGAGAAUCAGAUGUCACAGCUUCCACCACCAACUCGAGCUUUGGUUCAAGUGCCGUCGGUACCUCAAGCACAAAUUUCUACCCAUGGAAACUUACACACCGAUGACUGGAGUAGAAGCAACUACCAUGAUAACAAAACUGGCGGUUUGGUGGAAGAAAGUCAGCAACCCAACAGUCAAAUAAUCAGACAACGUGAGGACUACGUGAAAAAAGCUUCGGUGCUUAAAAAUGAGCUCGAUCAGUUGCAGAAACAGCAACAGGACAUGUAUGAAAAACCACAUAAACAUCAAGAGUUUGAAACUAUUUUGCUUCAGAAUUCCAAGUUACAGGACGAAGUUCAAGGCAAGCUCAAGGCCAUACAAAAUGUUAUUCAGAUGUUGUCAGAUAUCAUAAAAGACGGUAAAACUCUGAACGACCUCGAAUCUGAGCUGUCGAACAACAGUAAACCUCAACCUGUAACUCAAACGAUAGUGCCGUCAAGUAGAUACUCGGAAAGUAAUGCAUCUACAGUCACGACAUCUGAAUCAUUGGUAGUCGAUAAAUAUUCAGACGAGAAGAUUUGUUACACACACUACGACACUGGUUUGCAUUGGUGUCGAACGUGUGACGAAUUUCCACAAACGGCUAAAGACUUUUUGCUGCAUCUGCAAGAUAAUAAACACCAACAGAGGAAGAAACUCGAUAAGGUGGACAGUACGCCUUGGCAUAAGCUUCCGCCUGAACCGUUGCUGCCAUCUGAUGAAAAUGCGCCAAAGAAACGUAUCCCUAUCAAAGGUCUGCAAUUCUUCGUAGCAGCCCCGUCGUGGUACUGCCGAUUGUGCGAUGUUUGGAUCGGAGAUCUGCAUUGUGCUUCUCAUCAUUUAAAAUCAAAAGUCCAUCAUCAAAACUUUGAGAUAUUCACGACUCAGAACCCACAUUGGGAAAUGGAGUGGCUGAAAGAUCGGGAAAAGUCCAUGACCAGAAAAAGAGACGAAGCUUCUUCUUCUGAUUCCGACGAUUCAGAUUCUGACCGAAAACACAAAAAGAAAUCCAGCGAAAGCUCAUCAGCCAAAGAUAAAAAGAAGAAAAAGAAGUCGAAGAAGAAGAAAAAAGCAAAGUCUUCGGAUUCCAGUUCCAGUUCUUCGAGCUCAGAUAGUUCGGAUACUGAUCGUAGUAAGAGUAUCAGAGUGGCGAUGCGCAAUAUGAAUGAGAAAUGGAGCGCGUUAGAGAGGAUAGUCGAGGAGCACAAAAAGAAGGAAUUAGGCGAAAAGGAGGAAAAGGAAAAGGUUCCUGAUACGUCGGAUGAUCAGCUGAUCAACCAGUGGAUGGCAGUGGCUGAGCCUCCAGCUAAGGAAAAACUGUUAUUGAUGUCUUUAAAAGAUAGAAUGCGCGAAAAGAAAGAACAAGAACAGAUGCGAAUCACAGAGCGAGAGAAAUCACGACGACAGCAAGAGCAAGACGAACUCGAGCGUUCAGAACGGAAAAAAAGAGACGACAGACGUGCCCUAGUCGAAGCCGAGAUACUGAAAAAACAAAGAGAGCAGGAAGAGAUCCAGAAGAUGAAGGACAUUCACCUUAGGUUUAAAGCAAACAAUUACCGCAAGAGAAAAUCUCAAUCGCCCAGCGAAGAUGUUGAGAGUUACGAAAGGAAGGAGAGAAUUUCCCACAAAAGUCGAAGUAGAAGCAGGGAGCCAGAAAUCGAAGAAAGUAAACACGACAGAAACGAUGAAAGAAAACCUCCUGGACCGCCGAGUUACAAAAAGUUGCCCUUUAUAGGACGCAUGCCUUUGUUCAAGAAGAAACAGUCUCAUGAAGAAAAAGAGGAGCCGAAAGAAAUUAAGAAACGAUCCUACGAACCGCAAAGAAAAACCCGCUUCGAACCCGGCAACCUUCCAAAAGCUUACAUCCCCAAACCCGAAGUCGUCUGUUUUCCGAAAUUAUCUUCUAUCCCUCCCUUGACGCUUCCCCCUCCACCUCCGACCGUGGAAGAGUACGUCGUCAUACCAAAACCGCCGAAAAUCAGUGCGGUGGCCAAAAAGCCGAAACCUAAAAAGCCGCCAUCUCCACCAAAAAUCGUGGAACACUUCAGUGACGACGACGGUCUGUACGAAACAGCAAUGCCACAUUCAAAUAUGGUGAACCAAUUCUAUGGCAAUUAUGGAAACAACCGAUACGAGCACGACAUGUACUCGUACCCCGAGGAACAAGUACCACAUUCACACUCCAUGCCUUUGCAACCCCCACCCCUACCGCCCGAUGACGAUUUGGCUUUGUUGGGAAUAUGCGCAGACGAUAUGGCUGCGCAAUCAUUUUAACUAGGUUUUUUUAUUUAAAGUAUUGUGAAAAAUUAGCAUAAAAUACAGUGUUAAGUC